GAUUAGAAGUUGCAAGAAGCAAAGCCUGACCUGCUGCUCACAUUAAACCCUGAUUCAACCAGGUCUGUGGUUGUGUAUGUAAAAACCCACGGCGUCACUUUGCUUCUUGCGCCUGCUGGAGAUGAGCAGCUACGUGUUGUUUACUCAGCUUUUCAUGUAAAAAGUUCAACUGCAGGAAGUCUCACCUCGUUUACUUCCCAUGUUCUGCUGCAUCUUAUUCACCAACUCAACUUUAUACUUAUUGCAUGAUCAAAAACAGAAAAAACUUCACAGAGUGCUUCACAGUUAUAGUAACUCUGAUAAUAAUAAUAUAUCUAAGCUGAUGUUUAGCUGAUGAUGUGCAGGUUUGGGCAGCAGCUGAAUGUGUGAAACUGUCAGCCGACAUCAUUGCAUCAUUGCUGUGAGGAAAACACCCAAACACAGCAGGAAAUCUCUGCAGAUCAGGUCAGACGUCUCCUGCUCUGCUGAUGGAAGAAUAUGGUAAAACUGCUGGUGCUGUGGAUCUCCAGAGUUCCUCCAUGAUUCAAACCAUCCUUCCACCCUUCAUCGUGGGCGUUCUUGUUGGGUUCCUGAUCGACAAGCUCAAAGGUUUUCUGUCAGGUAAUGAGACCCCCACAGAGUACAGGAACCUCAGCCAAAUGACGACGACUGGAGCCUCUAAAAUCACAAAGGAAAAAAACAGCUCUAACAAAAACGGGAUGACUGGCGUUGAAGUGUCCAAAAUGUUGGCACAGCAAGAUCUGGAGCUGAUGUCUAAGUACAAAAAGGACAUCAAAAGUGUGGGAAAAGCGCUUCGUCUUCAUCCCGCUCUGAUCGCCGCCAUCAUCUCCAAACAGUCCCGCGCCGGAGGAACCCUGGACUGUAAGGGCUACGGAAAGCUUGACAGCGUCUGCUUCGGACUCAUGCAGAUCCAUAAAGACUAUCAUGAGCUGAAAGGAACAGCGUUCAGCAGGGAGCACAUUGAUCAAGGAAGCACUUGCCUGAUUCACCUCAUCAAGGACAUGAAGAACCGGAAGCCUGAUUGGUCAGAAGAGAUGCAGCUGAAAGGAGCGCUGGUCGGGUACAUGACUGGGCUGGAGCGGGUCCCUCUAGACCAACCCGAUCACCUGGACAGCGAGACACGGACAAAGGACUUCUCUAAUGAUAUCAUCGCCAGAGCGCAGUUUUUCGAACAAAAAGGCUACAAAUUAUGAGAAACAGCAGCAGACCUGCAGGCCACUGCGGUUCCUCCAUGAAACAUCACGACCACCAGGCCGGACCGGCCCAUUUAUUCCCACCACAGUUUGGCUUCUUGUGAUUUUCUACACCCAAAACAGAAUUUAAAACAACACCCUGAUCCUCAUAACCAGUGGUGGGUAAAUAAAAGAUUAGCUACGCUAACUCUAAAGCGCUAAUCACAAACAUUCAUUCAUGACACUGAACAAACAGUAUUUAGUGAAAGCUAAUGCUAAAGUGAUAGUUUCAGUUUAAAUUAUAUCUGUAAGAGACAACAGUUUAAUAAUUUACAUGUUCUACAACACAGUUAAAUAUUGGCUAGGUAAUCUUUUUUGCUAAAUAACCUUUAUUAAUACUAUUAACUGUGAUGAUUUUCAAUAAUUUCAUCAAUAAAUGUGAUAUUUUGGUCUUGAACAUCUUGGUUAACUUUUUCAAAAAUAUUUUGUGUUUUUAAUUUUGUUUUUUUGUUUUUUUUUUUAUUUUGUGGAUGAAUUGUAUUUGCUCAGUGUAAACUGUUAUUCUUAUGUUAGUCUCAUCUUAUGUUAGUUUCCUAACACAAGAUGUUGCAUAAAAAUGUGAUUUUCAAAUGUUUAAGUUUACUCCAGCAGAAUGUGAAUUGAUUAAGCAGCGUCAUGAUAGAGAUGCUUUCUCCUUUAUUUUUAUUUCCUCACUGUUUCUGAUAAAGUUCAUUUUAAACAUCAGUUGUUUUAACUGUAAAUAAGUUUGUUCUUCAUAAAGAAAGUCAGUGCUUGUUAUUAACUGUAGAUAUCUGCUCAACUUUGCUUUUUACGUUGUUUUUAUGAAUUAUUUCUGGUCUGCAAAGACAAUUGAAGUGAACUUUGGUUCACCUCAAUAUCUGAAUAAAGUUAUGCUCCUGUCAACAU